AUGGAGCCCUCAGACCCGGAACAGAGCCCCCAAGAGCUGGAUUUAGAGGAGAUAACUAGGAAGAUUUCAUUUCUGGACAAGUGGAGGGAAAUCUUUAGUUAUCACUGGUUGGGAACCAAUAAUACAACUUCUCAGAAUCGUGAAGGCAACCAUAUAUCUGCCGGUGAAACUGAAGAUGGAACAGGAAUACCUCAGCCAAAAGGACACGGACAUUGGCCAUCAAGUAGCCUUUGUUCUAUUCCCAAACCCUCUAUCAUCUCUUCAAAAUCGGGCGGCUUUCCUAUCUCCCUAGCAGUGGCCACGAAACUGCACCAGAGCCUCUUUGGAAAUACAGUCCAGGUCUUCAGCUCUGACUGGACAAAGGCCUAUUUCCGGUUUCAUGACCCUUUUUCUGACCUGGCUUUCGCUUUGGAAGUGGGAAAGGGAGGUGCCUGAAGCAUUCAGAUGGCUGUACAAGGAUCCAUCCUUAAAUAUUUAUUGUUUACAGGGAAGGGAAAAGACUGCAACUUUCUCAGUUUGUGCGCAAUAAGCGAGCAGAGGCAGAAGUGAGCGCUGGCCGCGGCGCUCGCGGAUGUCCUGUGGGCCGCAGGAGCAGCUCGGAAAGCCACCAUCUGCCUUGUCACCGAGGACGCUUACGUCACCCCGACUCCUGACUACUCUGGGGACAGUUUCACUGAACGGCUCCAGCUGUUUGAACUUUCAGAGAAAGAAGCCACUGAGAAAUUCAUCUAUGAUCAUGUACAGUGUUUCAAAGGAGAAGGAAGCCAUGGUGUCAUCUUGUUUCUUUACAGCCUGAUCUUCUCCAGAACAUUUGAAAGGCUUCAGAAGGACCUGGACGUCUCCACCACUCAUCUGCUACGACCAAAUGCUGGAGGUUUCCUGUGCACGCAGGCAGUUCUGAACAUGAUUUUAACUGGAAGAGCAAGUCCACACGUCUUUAACGGCUAUCAAAAAGGAAAGGCUCAGGAAAUGUUAUGUGGGGUCCUGACCCGCAGUGACAUCGGCUAUUUGCAGUGGUGUAAGGACACCUCAGAGGAUGAUAGACUUUCACAGGUGGGCAGCAUGCUGAAGACUCCCAAGUUACCUAUUUGGCUGUGCAACAUCAAUGGAAAUUACAGUGUCCUUUUUAGCACAAACAGGCAGCUGUUAUCAGACUGGAAAGUGGAGCGCCUCUUUGAUCUGUACUUCUACAGUGGCCAGCCCGCACAGAACAAGCCUGCGCACCUUACCAUAGAUACUCAUUCCCAUCACUGGGAAAGAGUCCGACAUGAAGAUGAACACAGGCCAGGAAGACGGUUUUCUCCAGUGGAGACGGCUAUCAGAACCAAGUGGAGAGAGGCCACCAUCAACUGGAAUGGAACUGUUCCCCUUUACUAA